ACGUGGGUUUGGAGCCGUUAGAGCUGUAACUGUAGAGCUGUAGCGCUAGAAAGCUGUACACCCGCCAUGCCGGAGCUGACUUCCAAGGGCACAACCAUUUCCAAGAAAGGCUUCAAGAAAGCUGUAACCAAAGUCCAAAAGAAGGAAGGCAAGAAGCGCAAGCGAUGCCGCAAGGAGAGCUAUUCCAUUUACAUCUACAAGGUGCUGAAGCAGGUGCACCCCGACACCGGCAUCUCGUCCAAGGCCAUGAGCAUCAUGAACUCCUUCGUCACUGAUAUCUUCGAGCGCAUCGCGGGCGAGGCGUCGCGCCUGGCGCAUUACAACAAGCGCUCGACCAUCACGUCCCGGGAGAUCCAGACGGCCGUGCGCCUGCUGCUGCCCGGGGAGCUGGCCAAGCACGCCGUGUCCGAGGGCACCAAGGCCGUCACCAAGUACACCAGCUCCAAGUAGACUCGCCAAGUAAGCGCCCUCUUACUCAACCCCAAAGGCUCUUUUCAGAGCCGCU